UAUCAUCUAUUUUAUGCAUAUAAAAUCAGAUGACUUUAUUUUACGGGAAAAGGUAUUAAUUUUUUGGUCGGGAUCGGCCUGCGGCCUUGGGUAUAUAUAAGUCGGAAAGCUCGGGAUCAACAUUCUUUUCAUCAACUUGCUGGAUACAGAGUAGGUUGAAUAUUUCUUUGUCAAGUUUUUUCAUAAUAUUUGUAAGAAAAAUUUUGCAUCUGCCUUAAAUAUAUUUAAAUUUUGGUUAAUGGAUAAUAAAGUUUGUAUGUUCUUAAUACUUUUUUAAUCCAACGUAUAUAUUUUCUCUGGAUUGUGCUGGAUUUACAGCCCGAUUAAAUGUGACACGACAGCCAUUUUGAAUAUAUUGUUGCAAAUUUUUGCCCGUAGCAAAUUUAUCAAAAAAUUUGUAUCUGGUGAAUUACAAUUAGUAAUUUUUGUUUGUUAUUUACUAUAACGAGCGGAAAUGCCUCCCAAAAAUAAGACUAAGCGGAAUUGCAGACUGAGAGACAACGAGGGCAAAGCAUCAAGGUCAAAGAGGUCAAGACAAGAGCGACCAGCGGUAGCGAUAGAGGUUGACGAUAAUCAUACAGUUCAGGAACCAGGUCCUUCAGGAAGCAUCGCCGCCCAAGAGAAUGUAGUUGGUGCCAGAAAGUCAAACUCUACCCCACUGGCCCCAGCACCUGUGCCUGCUUUGGCCAUUGAAUCUCAAUCAGAGGUCUCUGAAGUUAAAGUCUGGUGUGUGGGCUCCUCUAUUAUUAAGAAUGCAAUGAUGGCAUCAGUAUGCAGACCGGGGGGAACAAAUCUUGGAUUGGAUAGAUUGAAAAUAAAUAUCUGGUGGCAGGGAUAUUCAGGUUUGAAUUUUUUGGGACUUAAAAGAAAGCUCUUUUUUCUGACAGAAUAUGAGGAAUCCCCAGACUUUUUGGUUAUUCACUGUGGGGCAAACGAUUUAGGAUCAAUUGAUCUGUAUACUCUCAUUGAGAAAAUUAAAUCCCAUCUAAAGAUUAUCAAGACUCGCUUUCCACAUUCUACACUUGUUUGGUAACAGAUGCUGCCACGAAAUAAAUGGAGGUAUUCGGGGGACAAUAAAGCAAUGGAGCGUUCCCGUCUUAAGGCCAAUAGGGUAGCUGCUUCAUUAGUGUUAGAGUUGGGGGGUUGUUACAUAAAGUAC